GCUGGAAAGGGGCGGGGUUACCGCGACCUAGGAGAUUGGCGCCAAGCGUGGCCUCCUGGGCUCCGGUGGCUGGUGGAGGCUGACUCUGAACCCCAGCCAUGGAUAUCCGAAAGUUUUUUGGCGUUGCCCCAGUUGCAAAAAAGACCAGUUCUGGAAACCUUGAUAAGAAAGAGAGAACAAAAAGUGUGGACGGGAGCGCUGGGCAUCAGAAAUCCAAGGAUAAUAAAGUAAAGAGUCCAGUGAAUGUUGAUGACCUAAAAAAGAAGCCAGUAAAUAAGAAAAAGCGGGUCAUUUUAGACUCUGAUUCUGAAGAGGAGGCGCAACCUAAUAAAAAAUCUAAAACACCGCAGCAAAAGUCGCCCUCGCCUGUGCGGCCGGUGAAAACGCUCAAACCGGACCCGGUCUGCUAUGUGUCUGACACCGACGAAGAAGACUUUGCACAGAGGAAGAAACCACAGAAACCCAAGGAAAAUGGGACCUCCCUAAGCAGUCGCCAACACAAACCGAAAUCUCCUGCCGAAGUACAGACGCCCAUCAAAAAGCCCACGUCCCAGGAGAAAGCGUCAAGUAUGUCUCUGCAGGAUUACUUUGGGACGGACAGCGUCAAACGGUCAGAGAAGAAGCUGGUAGCGAGCAAGAGGAAAGAACCAUGCGCGAGCACCGAUGACUCCACGCUGGAUGAUGAGGUUAUUGCUAAAGAGCUGCAGCUUGCAGAGGAUUCAGAGUUGGAAAGGCAGCUUCAUGAGGAUGAAGAAUUUGCUCGUACGCUGGCAAUGUUGGAUGAGAUGCCAUCAAACAAGUCCCGGAAGAACAGCGGUGAAAAACCGAAAAGCAAAAUAAGCCCAAUCAAAACAGAAAGACAUGCACAUCCGAUCUCAGGCAGGACCGUAAACUUGUCAGAAGACAAGAUGACCAAGGGGAAAACCUCCGUGUCUUCUGAGAAUAAAACGGCUCCUCGUGGUUCGCAUUCUGAAUCCUCAGCGGGAAAUGCUGGAAAACCUGAUAAACAGUCGCCUGUGAAGACCAGCUCCAAGCUGGCCAUGAUGAAACAAAAGGAUGAAAGCCACCAUAAAGAUAAAGAGCAAGCUACCCCGGUGAAUAAAGGAAAGACUAUAUCUCCAAAGAAGGAGCAGACUACACCCGUAAAAGUUUCUCCCAAGGCAGAGUCAAGUCCGGAGGAUUCUGAGAAGAAAAAGGGCAAUUAUAAAGCCUAUCGGAAUUACCUUAAUAGAGAGGGUCCUAAAGCGCUGGGCUCUAAGGAGAUUCCUGUGGGAGCAGAUAACUGCAUGGAAGGCAUGACGUUUGUGAUCACUGGCGUCUUGGAGUCUGUGGAACGAGAUGAGGCGAAGUCACUAGUGGAACGGUAUGGAGGAAAAGUGACUGGAAAUGUCAGCAAGAAGACUAAUUAUCUUAUAAUGGGCCGCGAUGGCGGGGAGUCCAAACGAGAAAAGGCAGAAGGUUUUGGGACAAAGAUUAUCGACGAGGAUGGACUGUUUAAUCUAAUCAGAACUCUGCCUGGAAAGAGGUCAAAGUAUGAAAUCAAGGCAGAACCAAUGGUAAAGAGACUAAAAACAGAAAGAACACCCGAAAAAACUGAUCAGGCAAUAAAGAGGCCCAGUCCAAAUAAGAAGAAAACUCCUGAAAAGCGAGUGUCCCCGCUAAAAAAAGAACCAAGUGUAUCACACAAGAUGGCAACGCCGAAAAGCGAGCCAGAGGCAAAGAAUCUAUCUACCAAGUCCCAGGAUCUCCAGCCAAGCGGCAGCAAGUCCGAGAGCCUGCUGUGGGUGGAUAAAUACAAACCGACCUCGGUAAAGACGAUUAUCGGACAGCAAGGAGAUCAGAGCUGUGCCAACAAACUCAUAAAAUGGCUUAAAAACUGGCAUAAGAACCAUAUGUCUGACGAGAAGAAACCCGCCGCAAAACCUAACAAAUUUGGAGGAAAGGAUGACGGGUCUAUAUUUAAGGCAGCCUUAUUGUCUGGUCCUCCAGGUGUCGGGAAGACAACAACAGCAGUCCUCGUAUGCCAGGAGCUGGGCUAUAGCUACGUGGAACUGAAUGCCAGUGACACUCGCAGUAAGAACAGCAUGAAGGAGGUGGUGGCAGAGUCGCUCAGUAACACCAGCAUUAAAGGAUUUUACUCAGGGGCUUCAAAAUCUGUCAGCACGAAGCACGCCCUGAUCAUGGAUGAAGUAGAUGGCAUGGCUGGAAAUGAAGACAGGGGAGGAGUACAGGAAUUAAUUGGUCUGAUCAAACAGUCUAAAAUACCCAUAAUCUGCAUGUGUAAUGACCGAAACCAUCCCAAGAUCCGGUCCCUGGCAAACUACUGCUUUGAUCUUCGCUUCCAGAGACCAAGAGUUGAACAGAUCAAGGGCGCCAUGAUGUCUGUGGCCUUUAAGGAAGGAUUAAAGAUUCCACCGCCAGCCAUGAACGAAAUUAUUCUUGGGGCAAAUCAGGACAUCCGCCAGGUGCUGCAUAACCUCAGUAUGUGGUGUUCAAGCAGUAAAUCUUUGUCCUAUGAUGAAGCCAAGAGUAGUGCCAAAAAUGCUAAAAAGGAUAUUAAAGUGGGUCCUUUUGACGUGGUACGGAAGGUGUUUAGCAGCGGGGAGGAAACAGCUCACAUGACUCUCAUCGAUAAAUCGGAUCUGUUUUUCCACGACUACUCGCUGGCGCCUCUCUUUGUGCAGGAGAACUAUGUCCACGUAAAGCCUGCUGCGGCUGGUGGAAACGUGAAAAAACACCUACUGCUCCUAAGCAAAACAGCCGACAGCAUAUGCGACGGGGACCUUGUCGACCGGGCUAUUCGGAGUAGGCAGAUCUGGAGCCUCCUGCCCACACAGGCAGUCUAUGCCAGCGUGCUGCCCGGAGAGCUGAUGAGAGGCUACAUGUCUCAGUUUCCUAACUUUCCGAGCUGGUUAGGGAAGUAUUCAUCAACAGGCAAACACGAUCGCAUCACUCAGGAGCUCGCAAUGCAUAUGUGUCUCCGAACACGAACAAGCAAGGUGGCUUUGAACUUGGAUUAUCUGCCUUACAUGAGGGACGCGCUGGUCCGGCCCCUGUCGGAGUCCGGAGCGGACGGUGUGCAGGAAGUGGUGGAUUUUAUGGACGCUUACUACUUAAUGAAAGAAGACUUUGAUAACAUUAUGGAAAUUUGCAGCUGGGGAGGAAAGCCAAGUCCUUUUUCGAAACUGGAUCCCAAGGUUAAAGCUGCCUUCACCCGGGGCUACAACAAGGAAUCCCACCUGACUCCUUACUCGCUACAAACCGUUAAGACUUCCAAACGGGGAGCUGCGCCAACACUGGACACGGAGUACAAUGAAGAGUUAAACACCGAGGAGACUGAAGAGAAAGCAGAUGACAUGGAAACAGAUGCCAUGAUCAAGGCAAAAAAGGCGAAGACUUCCAAAGCUUCAAAGUCAGAAAAAGUUGGGGAGAAAAAACAAGCAAAAGCUAAAGCAAAGAAAGCCAAAUGAUUCAUUUAGUAAGCGAAGCGACU